AUGUCGCCUAGGUCGUUGUAUGUCACAGGGAAAGGUGUAUUAUCUCUUGUAGGGGGCUUUACUGCCGGUUGGUGUGGCUUAGGUUUCGUUGAGGACAAGGGACUUAUUAGUGAAGCGAACCUUCGGGCCCUGCACGUAGGGACACUUAAACUUCAUUUAUUCCUUCAGGAGUGGAUUUUACCGGUGUCGUUCAGCGAGAAAUACGGCUAUAAGAAAGAGGUAUUGGAGGAAAUCAUUGAACGGUAUGGCAGCGGCUCCGCUGCCGAGGCGCGGUGGACGUUUGAACAGCUGCUGGGGGAAUGCGAAGUUCCAGGACAGAUUUCCUGGUUAGAAGAGCACAUUUCAGAGGAUAUACCCUAUUUUUACAUUGCAGAUUUAUUCGACAGUUGGUGUAAUUUGCACAGGAAUCUCUUUGUUUGCAGUGCAGACGCCCACGAAACCGCAAAAAGAAGUGACGAUCGCUUUGAGUCGGAGCUUUUAUGCAAGGGUGUGAUUGAGAAGGCAAUUAGUGGCGUUCUGCCGUACGACACGGCGGUGCGUGCCCUUUGCAUUCUUGCCAUUGGAUGUAGGACGAACACUCAGUUUAUGCUCAAAACAAUAAAGCCUGACUUCAUUAUAAAUCGCUAUAAGCUAUAUACAGACGAUCUUGCACAACCGAUAGACGGCAAUACCGAUGUCACACCGCUAGCCGAAGUAAAUGCGGCAACGAUAGGACUGCUAAAUGCAUUAAACACGGAACUUCAAGAACAGGAAAAGUUGAAAUUGUGGAAGAGCAGUACAGCACGGAAGCUUCCGCUUCUCAUGCAGUUAAAUGCCACACCAUGGUGUGACAGCGUCGAUAGUCUUCGCAGAGGGCUGAAAGGUAUAACAUCAAACAAUGCAGCUACACUCUUAGAAGAAGCGACACAAUACUUCAGGUGUUCUGAGUUGAGCAAGUAA